GAAAAAAAUUACAGAGAAAUCCAGAAACAUGGUUUACACUUGGAAAUUCUCCUUCAGAAUAACACAGAAAAUCUAGCGGAAACGAGUAAAGCUUGAUCCAUUGGCAUCCGAAGGUGUUUGAAAUUUCAUUUUUUGCGGUGAUUUAGAUCUGGGUUUUAGUAAUUAGUGCUAGAUUUGAGUUGUGGUUCUUGAUAUUUUUUAAAGAAAUCACGAGGUUGUAAAAUCUUCAUCUAGUGUGUGAAGAGGCUGUGUUUUCAUUUCUGGUGGCGUGGAGGGAUCUUGAUCUUUUGUGGCCAAUCUUUUACGAUGGUAAUUUUUGGUGCUUACUUGCAUUGAAUCACUGGAGGGCAAGGUUAAAGGGGUUGUUACAAUCAUAGAUGGGAAAGCCGUUGUUUUAUGAGAUCUUGGAGAAACCAGCAACUAGUUGUAUAAUAGGAAUUUGCAGUGCAAUAUGGUUUUAUAUACAGAAGAAGAACAUUGGGUAUCAACAUGUAGGUUUGAGUUAUGAAACUGCCAUGGAAGGGCACUAUUGGAGAAUAAUUACUUCUGCCUUUUCACAUAUUAGUGUUCUCCAUCUUGUUUUCAAUAUGAGUGCACUUUGGAGUCUUGGGGUUAUAGAGCAGCUGGGACACCUAAGUCUUGGUGUGGCAUAUUAUCUUCAGUACACGCUUGUCCUGGUAGCAUUGUCAGGAAUUGUUGUUUUGGCAAUUUACCACUUGUUUAUUCAGAGAUUUAAGGUUGAGUAUUUCCGUAGAGUGACAGCUGUUGGUUAUUCUUGUGUUGUUUUUGGGUGGAUGACGAUUCUUUCCGUGAAGCAACCCUCAUCAAAGUUGGAUCUUUUUGGGUUUCUUUCACUUCCCAUCAGUUUUGCACCAUUUGAGUCACUAAUUUUCACUUCAAUCAUUGUUCCACAAGCAAGUUUUGUGGGUCAUUUAUCAGGAAUCAUUGUUGGGUAUGCUAUAGCAUGGGGUUUGAUCCAUGGCAUGAACAAUUACUGGGUAGUUUCUAUGCUGGGAUGGAUUGUGGUUGUUUUUGUUUUCAGUUUGAAGCGCUCUGGUGCAUAUGAUUUCAACUUUAUUGAGAUCGAAUCAGUUACAGAUUCUUCAUUGCCUUCUGUUCGGUUUCUUGGAACUGGUAGAACAUUGCAGAUGAGUGCAAUUGCAGUUGAAGGUGUUGAAGUCGUCUAACUCCUGAUCAAGAUCUUUUGCAUUUUAUCUACGGUAAGGGCAUGGCUUACAAAUGAGUCAUCCUUUGAUAAUACAUUUAUAAUGGAUAGUUGUGAGUUGCCCGGCUAGAGAGUUAAAAGUUGGAAAUACUACGAGAUCCACAAUCAUCCGUUUCUCCAGAUUCUCUGCUCACCUCUACUGUCGUGAUUAAUGAUUAUACAAAUUCCCCAGUCUGUUCUUAAACUAGAAGAUGGUGUGUGCAUUUCUUUGCUACCAAACAGUUUUGCAAGUUACUGUCAUUGCUAAUUAAUGUAAGCAUCAUUCCUUAUUCCCCACUUUAUUUUUCUUACUAUCUUGUGGUGGUGUACCAUUUUUUGAACAAUGUUACAAAGUGAAUUCAUU